UGGUAGGCUGUUCCAGUUGUUCCCGGCUACUCGGACAGGUGGAGCAAUCGUUGGUUUCGUGGCUGAGAGCGGGAGCAAUGAACCGCUUCCGAACCUCGAAAUACAAGAACACGGUACCGCGGCUUCCGGGUCGGGCGGAUUGGAUCAAUGACAUUAAGUCAAGCUCUGCUGCCUCCUAUGGAAAUCAUAUCAAAUCAAGCUGUGCCUUCAUCGCUUUCAAUGCACAGAGCCCAGGAGGAGGGACUUUAGGAAUUCUGCCACUGGAAACUGGAAAUGGAGAUAAACGGCAGGUGUUAGAGCUUCAUUGUCAUGCAGAUCUGGUGACUGAUUUUGAUUUCUCCCCAUUUGAUGAUGAAUUAUUGGCAACGUGUUCAGCUGAUGUGAUGGUAAAGCUUUGGCGACUACCUGACACUUUUCAGCAGGUAUCAUCUGGACAGAACAUCACUCUGGGACCAGAAGCUGUGAGGGUGGAAUGUGUAUUGUUUCAUCCUUCUGCAGAUGGAGUUUUAGCAAGUGGAGCUGGAAAUACAGCCAAAAUAUGGGAUGUCUCACAGAAGAAAGCAAUGGCAGCUCUUGAAGAUCAUGGGGAUCAAAUUCAAAGCUUAACUUGGAAGAAAGAUGGUUGCCUCCUUGGUUCAUCAAGUAAGGAUAAGAAGCUACGAAUUUUUGACCCGAGAGCCACCACCUCAGCUGUGCAGAGCGUACAAGGCCACGAAAACAUCAAAGAUUCCCGGCUGAUCUGGCUCAAAACAUCAGACACUAUCCUGUCAACUGGGUUUAGCCAGAUGCGUGAGCGACAGGCCAGACUGUGGGACACCCGCAAGUUUACUAGUCCUGUCAGCACCUUAAAUCUUGAUACAGCACAGGGAUCGCUGAUCCCGUUGUAUGAUGCUGACUCUGGGUUGCUUAUCCUUGCUGGAAAGGGUGAUAAUGUUCUACAUUGCUUUGAAGUGUCCACUCCAGAGGCCACUUUAACCCAAGUGAAUCAAUGCAUGACAGAUUUGAAGUCCAAGGGUGUUGCCAUGGUGCCCAAACUUGCACUGGAUGUGAUGUCGUGUGAAGUAAUUCGAGUACUGCAGCUCACUGAGAACUCCAUUGUGCCCAUCAGCUACAACGUGCCCCGCAAGUCUUUCCACGAAUUCCAUGAUGAUUUAUUCCCAGACACUCCUGGUAAAGUUCCUUCAAUAUCUGCACUGGACUGGUUCAAUGGAUCUAAUGAGCAGGUACUGAAAGUUUCUUUAGAUCCAGGCAAACGCACAAAGCAGAGUUUCACCUCCAUUGCUAUUCCCAGUCUGCGGGAAACCUCAACACAAUUGAGACAACAAGCUCGCAGGGAAGAAAAAGAAAUGGAAGACAUGUCUUGGGGAACGGGAAAAUCAGUUGACAAUGGACAGGCAUCAUCAUCGAGUUCCAUCAGCUCAAUGACCUCAUCAUCCAUCGCCUCUCCGAGCAGCACCAGCUCAAAGUUCACCGAAUUUGUAACAACCCCUCAAGGCCAGAAAUCUCUCCACAGCAUCUUGGGCAAUAAUUCAAAAUUCAGACAUAUACAAGGCACAGUGUCUCAUCGGGGCACACACAUCACUAAUCUGAAGGGAUUAAACCUGACAACGCCUGGCGAAUCUGAUGGAUUCUGUGCAAAUCGUGAACGUGUUGCAGUUCCAUUGAAGGUGUCGGGUGGGCAGAUUGCUGUAUUGGAGCUCACGAAACCUGGGCGGUUGCCGGACAACUCCCUUCCCACCAUUCAGAACAGUACAGCGGUCACUGACCUCAUCUGGGAUCCCUUCGAUUGCCAUCGGCUUGCUGUCGCUGGUGAAGAUGCAAAGAUCCGACUCUGGAGAAUUCCAACUGGAGGACUCUCAGAAAUUCUUUCUGAUCCUGAGCAAACCCUUUCUGGUCAUACAGAGAAAAUCUAUUCCAUCAAAUUCCACCCACUGGCAUCUGAUAUCUUGGCUUCAUCCUCAUAUGAUAUGACUCUGAGGAUCUGGAACAUCAGUUCAGGAAAAGAAGAGAUCAUACUGAGGGGACAUACAGAGCAGAUCUUUAGCCUGUCCUGGAGUCCCGAUGGGCAGCAACUGGCAACAGUCAGCAAAGAUGGCAAAGUUCGACUGUAUGAUCCUCGGCAUUCAGUAAACCCUGUGCAGGAAGGACCAGGACCUGCAGGCAGUCGGGGGGCACGGAUAUUGUGGGUAAGCGACGGACGAUAUCUGCUGAUAUCUGGCUUUGACAGCCGCAGUCAGCGACUGAUCAGCCUCCAUGAUGUUGGGUCCUUGGCAUUGGGACCAAUAGCAACUACUGACAUCAGUGCAGCACCAUCCACACUCAUUCCUUUCUAUGAUGACGACACCAACAUUGUCUAUCUCACAGGCAAGGGUGAUACGAGGGUCCAUAUCUAUGAGAUUCAGACUGAAGCACCAUAUUUCCUGCAGUGCAGUGAUUUCAAUUCCACUGAACCACACAAGGGACUCUGCUUUCUACCAAAGACUGAAUGCAAUGUGAGGGAAGUGGAGAUUGCACGAGCCUUGCGUCUGGGGCACAAUUCCUUAGAGUCCAUUAUUUUUACCGUUCCACGAGUUAAGAAAGAGUUUUUCCAGGAUGACAUUUUCCCUGAUACCACAAUGUGGUGGCGACCGGUGCUGUCAGCUUCUGCCUGGCUGGCUGGUUCCAAUGGACAGCACAAGAAGAUGAGCUUGAAGCUUGAAGACAUGAUCCCAGUGAGUGAAGCCCCUAAAGAGGUCACAAUCAGAAAAUACAAGCCCUCAGCAUUCUACCUGGAAGAAAAAACAGAUGAGGAGAGAAAGGAAGAGCUGCUCAGUGCCAUGGUGGCAAAGCUUGGGAACUUGGAUGAUCCCCUGCCUCAGGACUCGUUUGAAGGAGUGGAUGAAGAUGAAUGGGAUGACUAGAUUUCAACUAAAGACAUCUCUACAGUACUUCAUCUCCUGAUGGACAUCCUAUUGGUGGAGCCACAGCUUCCUGCGUCAUUAAAUGUCAUUAAUCAUAAGCCUGCUAAUGAGCAAGAGAGUGUCUCUAUUACCCCUCUCACUUUCAAUUUGUCUCUCUCACUCAUAACAUUUCUCCCUCAUUAAUUAUUUGCGAUACAUUUCCCUUACUCACUUUCGUUCAUCUUUCACUCAUUUACAGCAUCUCCCUCAUUCACUCUCACCAUGACUACCUUGCCUGUUUGCAGCACGUUUCCCUCGCCCAAUUGCAGAGCAUCUCACUCACGUAUUCAGAGCAUAUCUCCCUCGCUCACAUAUAAAACAUGUCUCCCUCCCUCACUCACUCUCAGAUUAAAUCCAGCAUCACUCACUGUGUGUCUUUCUCUCUUUAAGUCUUGCCCACUCUUGGCUCAUACUCAAUGAAUACGAGGUACAAGAGAAGCAUCAGUGAGUUGCAUUUGUCAGCACCCCUCACUGGCAUUCCUUUCUCAAUUUUCACAUACGCAACCACAUUUCCUCCAUGCACCCCUGCCACAAUCCCCACACUCUCCCUUUCCUUCAAUGCCCCUUUCAUGCAGAGUUAUGCCAUGGGUCAGUAUUCUGCAUUGUUGCCAGUUUCAUCCCUGUUCAUAAACGUGCAUUUAUUAAAAAAAAAUUCAGCUGAAGA